AUGAAGUCCAGUGGCCUCUUCCCCCUGGUGGUGCUUCUUGCCCUUGGAACCUUGGCACCUCGUGCUGUGGAAGGUUCUAGAAAUGCUUUGAAAGCUGGAGCCUGCCCUUCUAAACAACCUGCCAACUGCUUGAGAUUUGAGUCACCAGAGUGCCGGAGUGACUGGCAGUGUCCAGAGAAGAAGAGAUGUUGUCCUGAUUCAUGUGGCUUAAAAUGCCUGGAUCCUGUUAACAUCUCAAAGCCAGUGAAAAAGAAGCCUGGGAAGUGUCCGAAGGUCUAUGGCCAAUGCAUGAUGCUUAAUCCCCCCAAUCACUGUGAGUCGGAUGGCCAGUGUGAUGGUAACUUCAAAUGCUGCAUGGGCAUGUGUGGGAAAGUCUGCAUUACCCCUGUGAAAGCCUGAUGCCUGCCUGAUUUCUACCAUUGGGAAGAAGCUCUGGAGUCCUAGUCUGUGUGGUUUGGGAAUUCCCUUUCCACUCGCAGGCUUGGAUCACUGGGCACUCAGUGGUGAGGAUUUGGUUCCACCACCAAUAUCCUCCUUUGGGUAGGGGCUUAGCACACAGGAUUUCAGGAGAUGUCAGUUGUUCAGUGAAUAAAUAAAUGAGCAUACUCUCUGUA